UAAUGCCCAGAAUUUCUGAUUCAGUAGAUCUGGGGUGAAGUCUAAUAAUUUGCAUUUCUACACUUCAAGACCCACUGGUCAAGAUAAAAGUGUAAUGAAAGCACAGGCCUGGAGGGGUUCGGGCAGCCCUCCAAAAGGUGACACUGAGCUGUGUGAGGCAGGAAAAGAUCCGGGCAUUCCAGCCAAAGGGAACAGCAUGUUCAAGGUGCGGAAGCGUGAAAGAUCAUGGUGUCCGAGGAACUGAAGUGAAUCAGUUUGACUGGAACAAAAAGUUUUGUGAGGAUGUGGUCGAAGAUGUAAGCAGAAGUCAACUUGUCAAGAAGAACCUUUAGGCAAGAGAGGGAAAUGCUCUGCAUUUCAGAAAAAUUUGUGUUAACAGAAAAAUCUCUGUGGUUGCUACGUGGAAGAUGGAUUGGAAGGAGUUAGGAGCCUACUCCACAUAGUUCAGGGGAGAAAUGGUGCUGUUCUGAACUUGUAGGGGCAGUGGGAUGGAGCAGCUCAGAAAGCCUACAGUAUUCCAACUGACAGAGUCUCCUGUUUCCUCUAUUGCCUGUUACCUUCUCACUUGGCAAUAGGCUUACCUUUGAGCAUAGCCCUUCCCGUCAUGGGAAGACAGUGCCUGUGGCCUCAGUAGGAAUGACAGGUAUUUGCCUGUACACCCUUUUUGUGAAUUGUUACCCUGCCCCCAACAGUGGGGCAGAGUGGAGGAAGGAGGAAGAACCUAGAACACAGGUUCUGUGUUCCUGCCCCUCUUCCUCUUGAGCCCUUUCCUCUCCCAGGGCAAGUGCUGUUAUGUCCUCUUUACUCCCUGCCCUCCAUUUUUCACUUGGUGAGGCCUUACUCACUGUACCUGCCCACGCAAAGUGUCACUAGAAGGAAGGGAAAGGGUGGUUGGAUUCAUUUGCCUGUGUGGAGGUAGGAUUGGUCUUUUUAGCUAUUCCAGGUAUGUCCAUAAGUCUCCCUAGGAAUGGGGGAGCUGCCUGGGUGGAGAGGGAUUUUUCUAGUUACGCAUUUACAUUCUUAUAUCUCACUGGGUGUAAUUAUAAAUUUGUGUCUGUGUGUGAACAUGUUAGUCUUUGUAUGACUGUGUGUUGGCAUUAGUGACAUGAACUUUUAAUCUUGCCAUUUGGCCCCUGGGUAUAUGGCUGUGGGUGUUCUGUCACAAUCACCAUAUAUGCUGUGUGCUGUGUUCGUAUAUGUAUAUGCAGUACAUACCAGUGUCAGCGUAACCGAGUGGUUAGGAACACAGGCGGCUUAGAUUUAACUCAGGAGCUGUAUGAUCUCAGCACACCUCAGUUCAGACUAGCUGCAUUUCAAGUGCUCAGUAGCCACAUGUAGAUGGUGGCUACCUUCUUGGACGGCACAAGUAUAGACCAUUAUAAGACCCUUACCAGGUGGCCAGAAUGGAGUUGUGGCCAGGGGCAUGGAUGCUGCUGCUGCUGCUCUUCCUGCUGCUGCUCUUCCUGCUGCCCACCCUGUGGUUCUGCAGCCCCAGUGCCAAGUACUUCUUCAAGAUGGCCUUCUACAAUGGCUGGAUCCUCUUCCUGGCUGUGCUCGCCAUCCCUGUGUGUGCUGUGCGAGGACGCAACGUUGAGAAUAUGAAGAUCUUGCGUCUCAUGCUGCUCCACAUCAAAUACCUGUACGGGAUCCGAGUGGAGGUGCGAGGGGCUCACCACUUCCCUCCCUCACAGCCCUAUGUUGUUGUCUCCAACCACCAGAGCUCCCUCGAUCUGCUUGGGAUGAUGGAAGUGCUGCCAGGCCGCUGUGUGCCCAUUGCCAAGCGUGAGCUACUGUGGGCUGGUUCUGCCGGGCUGGCCUGCUGGCUGGCAGGAGUCAUCUUCAUCGACCGGAAGCGCACGGGGGAUGCCAUCAGUGUCAUGUCUGAGGUCGCCCAGACCCUGCUCACCCAGGACGUGAGGGUCUGGGUGUUUCCUGAGGGAACGAGAAACCACAACGGCUCCAUGCUGCCCUUCAAACGUGGCGCCUUCCAUCUUGCAGUGCAGGCCCAGGUUCCCAUUGUCCCCAUAGUCAUGUCCUCCUACCAAGACUUCUACUGCAAGAAGGAGCGCCGCUUCACCUCGGGACAAUGUCAGGUGCGGGUGCUGCCCCCAGUGCCCACAGAAGGGCUGACACCAGAUGACGUCCCAGCUCUGGCUGACAGAGUCCGGCACUCCAUGCUCACUGUUUUCCGGGAAAUCUCCACCGAUGGCCGGGGUGGUGGUGACUAUCUGAAGAAGCCUGGCGGGGGUGGGUGAACCCUGGCUCUGACCUCUCCUGCCAUCUGUCCCCAUCUUCUCCCCCACACCUACCCACCCCGUGGGCCCUGAGGCAGGGCCACGCCUUCUUCCUUGUCUCCCCUCUCCCCACUUAUUCUCCUCUUUGGAAUCUUCAACUUCUGAAGUGAAUGUGGAUACAGCGCCACUCCUGCCCCCUCUUGGCCCCAUCCCUGGACUCCUGCCUCGGUGCAGUCUCCACUCUUGACCCCACCUCCUACUGUCUUGUCUGUGGGACAGUUGCCUCCCCCUCAUCUCCAGUGACUCAGCCUGCACAAGGGUGGGGAACAUUCCAUCCCCAGUGGAGUCUCUUCCUGUGUGGUCUUCUCUCCCCCUCUACUCCACAUUGGCCAGUGGACUCAUCUAUUCUGUGGAACAAUUCUCCCCCACCCCAAAGUCCAUGGAUUCAAUGGACUCAUCCAUGUGAGGAGGACUUCUCGCCCUGUGGCCGGAAGCUGAUACCUGGAGCAGUCCUCCCAGGCUCAUCCUGGGAGCUUUCCUCAACACCUUCACCUUCCCUCCCAGUGUAGCCUCCCGUCAGUGGGGGCUGGACCCUUCUAAUUCAGAGGUCUCAUGCUGCCCUUGCUCAGAUGCCCAGGGUUGUGUACCCUCUGGGAUACCAGUUCAGUCUCCACAUUUCUGGUUUUCUUUGUCCCCAUGGUACAGUUCUUCAGUGGACCUGACCCCACUCAGCCCCCUGCAGCCCUGCUGCACCAUUUCACCAGACACAAGGGGAAGAAGCAGACAUCAGGUGCUGCGCUCACUUCUGCCCCCUGGGGAGUUGGGGAAAGGAACGAACCCUGGCUGGAGGGGAUAAGAGAGCUUUUAAUUUAUUUCUUUUUCUGUUGAGGCUUCCCCUUCUCUGAGCCAGUUUUCAUUUCUUCCCGGUGGCAUUAGCCACUCCCUGCCUCUCGCUCCAGACCUGUUCCCACAACUGGGGAGGUAGGCUGGGAGCAAAAGGAGAGGGUGGGACCCAGUUUUGCGUGGUUGGUUUUUAUUAAUUAUCUGGAUAACAGCAAAAAACUGAAAAUAAAGAGAGAGAAAGA